GAAGCCACAUCAAAACACGACAGUAGGCGUUUCCGAUGUGAUGUUUGGAGAAUGAGGAGUUGAUUUAUCCUCCUCAUAACUUUAUUACAGCUCCUCUUCAUUCGCGCAACCAGACUCUUGCCUCUGCCAUGUCUCAGCCGGAGCAUCUUAGCACAUCCCCCCGGGGCAUGGCUGAGUUUAUGGUACAAAGGAAACUUCUUGGAUUCGGUGCGCUCCUGGCCUGGAUGAUCCUGUUCCACUUACUGGUGAAUGUUUGGCUUCUCUGUGUGUUCACCAGCCUCUUGGUAGUUAUAGGUGGUUGGCUUGGGUCUCAGGCUGUCCUCGACUCCGAAAGUGUGGUUCAUCUUGAGCGUUUCGUUGCACUGGAGAAGAUCCAGUCUAAUGCUGAGAGUGAGCUGGAGCUGGACCACGAGAUUCAGAAUACAGUUAGCAAGAUCAUACGAGACUUUGUCUCUUCAUGGUACAAUACAGUGUCCUCAGAGCGUGAAUUUGAGGAGGAGGUACACAAUGCCAUGAUUUCUAUGGCGAUGGAGCUCAAGCGCCGGGCGAAGAAAGUGGACAGGAAAGCUUUAACGCUGAGGACGUUGGAUCUUUGUGGAUGCCAUCUCCAGUGCUACUUAAGAGCCAAAGAAAUCAUGGCUGGAAAGAAGGACAAAGAAGAAGGCAGAAGAAGCGCUAAUGAUCGUUUAUGGCAAGCGUACAGCACGACUUGCACACCUCAUCCAGCUCUUCAGAGUCCUGCCAUAGAAGUAAAUUAUGCAAGAGCGAUUGUGGAUUUGCUUUUACACGUUCUUGUGCCUCCACCACAUCUGGAAACCAGGACAGGGAGAUUUGUAGUGUGUGAACUUAUAACGUGCAAAGUUCUUCUGCCUUUAAUUGCCAAACUGUCCGAUCCAGACUGGUUAAACAUGUUGAUUGUGGACGUGUCUACCAGUAAGCCACAAUCCAGACCAGUCCAAGCAGAAUCAGUGAGAAUUCCUCCACCCCCAGUGGUUUUAAGUCAAGAGACCUCACAACAGGACCUUGAGGUUCCUUCUGCUUUACCUGUGAAAGCCAAGCCUGAUACCCCUUCUGUGACUGACAUGCCAGAAUUGGCUGCUUACGAUGUCAUUGACUCUGCGGAGCUUUACUGUCCACAGAACCUGGAGGAGGAAGAAGCAAGACCGGUCGAGUCGUUUUCUUCAGUGAAUCCAGGUUUUAGUUUGAAGGAUUAUCAGAGACUUGGGAAAUCCAACCCUUUCUUUCAAGAAACCGACUCUGACUUGGAGUCUCCUCUGAAUGAUUUUAAAAGAAGCUCUUUAGAGUCACUCGUUCUGAUAGGCCCGGAGGAAGCAAUGUCAGAAAGACCUGCAGAGUGCCAGACACCGAUAGAUGGUGUGCUGGACCUGGAGGAUGAGUUCCGUGUCUAUUCUAACGCGGCAGAGACCACCUGCCCUAAGGUGGUGGUCUCAGAGAUAAAAGAACAGCCUUCCGAUACCGCUGAAGGGGAAGAAGAAUUAUCGUCCAGCUUUUGUGCUCUCCAGGACCUUGAGAAGAGCAACACCAAAGUGGACCUGGGGCUGACAGGUGUUGAGCAGUCAGGGACGUUGAAUCCCAGUGAGCUUCCUCUAACGGAAUCUCUGCAAGCCUCCUCACCUUCAGGUGGAGCCAUGCCGCUUUCUCCUUUCGCCUUUGAACCCCUCAGUAGUCCCGAGGGCCCAGUUGUUAUUCAAAACCUUCGCAUCACAGGUACCAUCACAGCAAAGGAGCACAGAGGAACCGGAUCACACCCGUACACUCUUUACACUGUGAAGUAUGAAACUGCUAUGGACUCUGAGAACCCAGGCACAUUGCAGCCAGUGGCUUAUCACACAGUCAGUCGUCGCUACAGUGAAUUUCUGAACCUACAGACACGUUUGGAGGAGAAACCUGAAUUACGCAAAAUCCUAAAACAUGUCAAAGGACCCAAGAAAAUCUUUCCUGACCUCCCUUUUGGAAACAUGGACAGUGACAAAGUUGAGGCCAGAAAAAGUUUGUUGGAAACAUUCCUUAAGCAACUUUGUGCCAUUCCUGAAACUGCCAACAGUGAGGAAAUGCAAGAGUUUCUCGCCCUGAACACUGAUGCAAGAAUUGCUUUCGUGAAGAAGCCAUGUAUUGUUUCACGCAUAGACAAGAUUGUGGUGAAUGUUAUCGUGGACACCCUGAAAACAGCCUUCCCCCGCUCAGAGCCACAGAGCCCCACUGAUGAGGUGGAUGCUGAGCCUGAUGGGAAAUUACCUUCUGACAAGAAAAAUAAGCCAAGGAUGCGCUUCUCCAGUAAAAUCGCUCCUGCUAUUAACGUGUCUGACAUGAGACCCAAAGUGCUUUACUGCUUCAAUGAGUGCAACACUGUUUUUAAUGGCCUCAACUUGCACAAUCUAGAGAGCGUCAUGUCGGAGCAGGGGAAUCUUGAGAAUAAGGCACUGAUCAAAGAUGCAGAUGGGGAGCAAGAUGUCAACCUUGGUGCCAAGGGGGAUUCAGAGCCCUGUGCAUGUGCAAAAAGAAAGCAACAGAAUGUAGUUGUACAAGACCAAGGGGAGACAGUACUUGCUGACAUGGCUCUGAACGUCCUGUGUCUGCUGGUGAAGGAGCAGUGGAGUUGGCUGUGCACUGAGAAUAUCCAGAAGAGCAUCAGACUGCUGUUUGGGACCCUUAUAGACCGGUGGCUGGAUGUCGGUGUGGCUAAUUUGACCUGCACACAGUACUGGGUCACCUACCUGCAAGUGCUGCAGGAUGCUGUGUGGCCUGGGGGACGCCUGCCCACCCACCCACGGCCUCAGCGCACCCAGCAGCAGAAAGACGAGACCAAGCAGCAGUCGCUGCAGUGCUUGAUGAAGCUGGUGCCAGAUCUGCUCUCAGAUAUGCUGGGCUCCGAGAAGUACAAGCUCUCCUGGCAGACACUGCUGGACUCCAUCCAGGAUCCUACCAUAAACAGGCAUCUGGUGUACUGCGUGUGGGAGCUGCUCAUCGAGUUCCUCAUCCCUGAGGCGUCCGAUGAGGACUUUCAGAAAACCCUGCUCCACAGCCUCUCCAAAAAUGCCGAGAAACUACCACCAUAGGAGCUCUGGAAGACAUCACCGCUGAACACACAUGCGUUUGCACAAACAUAUCAAACCCUCUUGUUAAAAAAAGGUCAGCGGUCAGACACGAAGGUACAUUCGAAUGAAUGAGCGGACACGGGAUUGGUGGAUGCUUUUGGGUCUGGCUCUGAUUUAGCCCUUACAUUUCUGGGUCUGAAACGCACUACAUGUAUCCGGCCUCGCUCUGAUUGCAGGCCACCUGUUUUGUGUUUUAUCAGACCAAGCCUGAUCUCCAAAACACCCCUGUACCGGAUCUGAACUAGAGGAUUCUCAGACGCCUUAGCGAGCUCUUAUCCACCUUCUUCCUGCUGGCGCUUUUGCGCAAACCUUUUACAGAUGGCCGAUGGCUGAUGUCCAUCUCUGAAAUGCCAUAUCAAAAACCGAGACAGAAUGGAAAUUGGCUGUUGAUUCUUUCCUCACUGUCCUUCUGUCUUAUUCCCUUCUUUGUUGCUGGCCUUUUUCAAGGCAGUGCGAAAGUUUACCAGUCACCUGAUUCCCUCUCUUGCCCUUUGCCGUGAGGGCUGCACUGUGAAGCACUUGAUUCCUGUCUUUGCUUAGAGCCUUCUUCAGCAAUCGCUAGCCUAUUCUUGUCUUGUCUCCUUGCCGUGCAUUUUGGCAGGAGUAUUUUUUCCAUGACAUUCUGCUUUACUGUGUGAUUUGCCGUUAACACGUUAACGUAUGUGGCAUGUGUUUUUGGUGUCAUGCUGAGACCGUACGUGCUUUAUGGGCUUUCAGCUAUGUUUCACUCUUUACAACUUAAUCUUAGUCUGUGCAUGGCUUGUGACUUGGCUCUGCAGUACUUUCCUAAUGUUGGCCUUUAACAAAGGUUAUACAUAAUAUGAUUUAGAAUAGCUCACAGAAGGGCCCAGUUGUAUUAACCCAGAUUGUCUUAACGGUUGAGUUUCAACACUGCACUCAUCAGUCUUCUUUCCAUUCCAAGUAAUAUUCCAACUAAGAUGUUAUAUACAUACCAGUCAAAAGUUUGCACACAUCUGACUGUUUUUGCUUUUUUCAUGAUCAUUUGAUCUAAACACUUAUGUCUCAAGAUGACUGAAUAAAUUUGUUCCUACAACAAAUAUUAAUAGAGGUUGGAUACCUAUAUAGGAAAUUAUGUCUGAAAUUAUUUUUUUCAGUUCAAAAAUUGAAAUAAAUACAGUAUUGUGCAAAGGUCAGAUACCAUUUCUUAAAGGACAAUCAAAAUGGCCCUUUAGGACAAGUUAUUCAUUUUUCAAGAGGUAUUUCUGAGUCAGGAAAAAAUAAAGAGUUUCCAAAACUGAAGUUCAAAACAAAUCAUAAAAGAUAUAGUGAAAUUGAGAUGAGGAUAAAACUGAACUCCACUCUUACUUCAGAUCUGACAAAAUCUAGGUGUUUCUGUCCAUCCUUCCACUGUGAGAGGACAGCUCAGCACUAUAAGGCUGAAAGGAUGUGAAGCUGACAAGAAACCCUUACUGAGAAAAGAAAACAGAAAAAGAGAAUUUGCUCAUCAAACUAAGAAGCUGAUGGUGUUCUCAGAACAAUGAACUGAUCACGUCCAGACCUCAGCAUCACUGAAUGCUUCGGAUUGCUUGGAUUGAGAGAAGCAGAAAAUGCAACCAGCUUCUAAGAAGUUUGGAAGUAUGGAGAAAUAUCCCAGCAGGUUUCUUUGAAAAACUGAAAAUAAGUCUCCUGAGAGAUUUUCUGCUAAAUGUUUUUGUUCCUGAUGCUGAAAAAUUAAAAACUUUGUUUUGACUGUAAAUUAAUAAAUGAAAUGGUCUGGCUUUGGCACAGUACUGUAUGCAUUUUUAAAUGGCCCCAGCAAGUGAUUUUCAGCAACAACAAGGUAUCAGUAUAUGUAUUAUCUUUGUUUCUGUUGAAAAAAAAAAUAGCUCAAGUGUCCUCAUGAAGGCUCUGGAGAGAAUUCCAAGAAUAUGUAAUGUUGCAUUAGGUAAGGUAAAAGGGGAUAAAUGACUAAAAGAAUCUAAAAUAUGAUUAAGAUUUGAUUUAACACUUUUUUCUCUGCAUAAUUCCACGUGUGUUAUUUUACUUGUUCUAAUGUGGAAAAUAGUAAAAGUGAGGAAAACCUUUCUAUGAGUAGGUCUGUACAAACUGACUGGUACUGUCUGACAUUAUGCAAGACAUACUGAGCUGCUGGUUUAUCAGGUACACCUACUUUGUGUCUACACUAGUGGUUGUUCUAUCAGGGCACAUAGGUGCACUUUGUAGGUUCACAUUUAUUGUCUGUAGCUCAUCUGUUGCUGCACAGUUUAUCAGCUCCCCUCUACUCCAUCCAUCAGUGGAUGGGGACACCACAGGACCACCACUGACUAGACAUUCCUUGGGUUGUGGAUAAUUCUCAGCACAGCAGUGAUCAUGACAUCGUUACAUAUUUUUGUGUGUUGUGCUGGUACAAGUUUUAGCAUGUUUUUAGACAAUGUGUACACACACUGUCCACUUUAUUAGACGCAGUUAUCUUGUUUUAUCAUUUUCUCUGCACAAUGUGUUGGUUUUCAUCUAAUUCUUCAUCAGUGGUCAGUAUCUGACCACAGGUCCACUGUUGGCUGGAUAUUUUUGUUUGGCGCGCUGUUCUCAACUCACUGGUGAUUCAGAGGUGUGGUACACGCAUACCAGCGCUACACUCACAAGGUGUUGCUGAUGCAUAGCAACAGAUGGAGAACAAUAGUCGUCAACAACUCUGGUUCUGAAGAUCUACCUUCCUGUGGAGUCUAGAUCUAGCCACAAUCUGCCACACCUGCUCCAGCUAAUGAACUUCCUCAGAAGUCUUUAAUUGGCUGGAUUAUUAAUGUUAGUUAAGUGGGGGCAACAUGUUGUAUGCAGGUUGGAACUAAACUCUGCAGGAAAGUAGAUCUUCACUAAAGGGUUUGGUGACCAUUGGGGUACAAGCAGCAAGUGUAAACCUACUAAAUGCACCUAUAUGGUAUGUGUUUCUGAUAAAAUGGCGAGUGAAGGUAGGAACAAGGUAGGUGCACCUAAUAAACUGGCAACUUUGUGUAUAUGCUUUGCAUUAAUUUAGUUCACUGUGCAUUUUUUAACUUAUUUAUUUGGAUGUAAAUACUGAAGUGGAUAUUUUUUCCCCACUCUGUCUCUAAAAACAAUACAAGAUGUCUAAACUGCCUUAAAAUGUAUGUGAAUAAGUCUAAACGUUGUCUGUAAAGUAGUAGAAAUGGUGGCCAUAAAGCUUAAAUCAGUCUAUGAUGUUGAAUACAAUUAACAGGAAUACUUGUCUGAACUGUCUUUUGUUAAAUACUGGCACAUUUACCUAAUUUGGUUGAAUGUUCUUCAGUAUUGUUGUGUGAAUGGUUUCCAUGCAGUUAUUCCUGUUAUGGCCAGCAGUCUAUAAUGAUUUCGGUGUUGAUCUGUACAUGCUAUAAUUGCAGCACAACUGUGAUGGCAGUCCAUUGUUAGAGGUCAGUUUUAUGUGUAUGUAUGCCUUGAAUGUUGCACUAUUUGUAAUUGUGUCAGUGCUGUUGUGGUUGGAGGACUUGUGAUGUGUGCGGUGAUUUAAAUAAAGGUGCAAAGCACUGCAGACUUAC